UUCAAAUUCCUCAAGUGUCAAUGUCAAAUUAAAUAUGUUCUAACCGUUUAUGCUGAUAUAAUAACCUGUAGUAAAUAGAUCUUAAUAUGAUAAUCUGUCAUGAUAUGUAUUAUGUAAUUUCUUUUACAUCGGUUUAUUUGAGCAGUGUAUGGCAAAAAUGAAGAAAGGAAAAGUGAACCCCGAACUUCCAGACAUCGACGUCAAAUCUGUGAUGUCCGAUAGGUCCCAGUUCUCCAUCGGUAGUGCCCAAGAUCUGGUACAGAAGAAUAUUCAGGACGGGGGGAGCUGUCGGCGUAUCCUCGAACAUUGGAGAAUGAUCCUUGUCAUCAUUGUCCCCAUCAUUGCCAUGAUGGUCUUUUCAUCCUUCAACCUUAGCGAGGCAAUACAGCUGAAAAUGGCCACUGAUUCCGCCAUUACGCAGAUUAACUCCGCUCAACUGGUUACCAAUCUCAUUCAGAUGCUUCAGCGAGAGAGAGGACGAUCCAUCACUUAUCUCAGCAUUAAUGGAAACAUGUCAGAAGCGUGGAAUUUACUCCAGAUAGCACGACAGAACACGGACAAGAGUUUUCAAAAUAUACCCUUAGGAAGUAAAGUAUUCUCUGUGAAUAAUAUAGAUUGCAUAACAAUUGAUAUACAUUCAAAUAUAAAUGAAGUGAGAGACGAAAUUUGGAAAUUGAAUGCCACAGUCUCAGAAGUCUUAGAUUUUUAUACAUGUAUAGAUAACGUAUUGAUGGAUGACGUCUUAUCCGAUCUAGAAGUCCCUGAAGGAAACCGUCUUUACUCCAAACUAGUUGUGCUUAUGGCUCUUCUCCAUCACGUGGACCUUAUUGGUAUUCAGAGGGCUAAAAUAGCUUAUCUUUUCACAACUUGUGAAUUUACAGACAUUGAAUACCUAGUAUACAAAUACAUUGAAGGGAAAGCAAAGUCAUAUCUAGAAGUGGUAUUUGCCUAUGACUCGAGUAUAAAGAAAUCCUAUAAAGAGAGUGGCUUAAACCCGGAUGAAUAUCUCCAGGAUGUUAGUCAAAGAGUCUGGUCAAAUAGCUAUUCUUCAGUAUGCACAAGCCAGACUGAAGAUGAAAGAUUUGCGGCAAGCACUGAAUGGUUUCAAAACAUUACCCAAAUUAUGGACUUCGAUUUUCUUGUACAUCAUAAUUCUUCAACAUUGUUAAAGGAGAAUCUCUCAGAAAUCCGAAGUGAGGCUGAAUUUCGUUUCGCACUAUAUAUAUCCAUACAGGUGUUUGUGACUUUAUUGAGUUUCAUAUUGUUAGCUUGGUACAUAACAUGCGUUAACAAAAUGACAUUACGAUUGGCUAAGUAUGCCAGUAACAUCAAUUCCAAAACCAAGGAACUGGCCGUGGAAAAGCGUCUCACCGAUAAACUUCUAUAUCGCAUGUUACCUAUGAAAAUUGCAAUGCAGCUGAAAUCGAAUGGAUGCGCUCCUGCUGAGGAAUUUUCCCAAGCUUCUGUCUAUUUCAGCGACAUCGUUGGUUUCACUUCCUUGUGUAGCAGAUGUUCCCCUCUGCAAGUUAUUGACCUGCUGAACGAAAUGUAUUCUCUGUUUGAUGACUGCAUUGACAAGUAUGACGUCUACAAGGUUGAGACAAUCGGAGAUGCCUACAUGGUCACCAGUGGAAUCCCUGUUCCAAAUGGCCACUCCCAUGCGCUGCAUAUCUGUAAUAUGUCACUGGACAUUCGAGACAGCAUGGCUCACUUCCGGUCUCCUAUACACACGAAUGAUGUUAUUAGGAUACGUAUUGGUAUACAUUCAGGUCCCUGUGUGGCUGGAGUGGUAGGGAGGAAGAUGCCUCGAUACUGUCUGUUUGGUGACACUGUUAAUACGGCUUCCAGAAUGGAGUCAACAGGCGCAGGUGGAAAAAUACAAAUAAGUUCUACAACUUUUGAAAUCAUCAGUCAGUACGGUUCUUUCCAAUGCACACCGAGGGGGAAAAUGGAAAUCAAGGGUAAAGGAGAAAUGAUGACUUACUGGUUGGAUUCGUCGAAUCAGAAGCCUGUUGUUACACUCGUUUGUUGA